CGAAAAAAGCUGUGCGAGAUCCUUUAGCAUUUCUUUUCCCUCUCUUUUUUGUGUAUAUUAUUUUAUAACUGUAACUUUAUAUAUACUUCGAUUUGUACUUAUUUCAAUUAUACCUCAAUUCCCGCCAAUGAAUAUUACGCAGAAAAUAAACGACGCCCCCCUGGUCUACGAUGACACAGACUUUGACGAUGGCGUCUGCGACCCCAUUGAUUCAGACGAAGUGUAUGAGCUCAUUCGCAAUAUCAACGACCCCGAGCAUCCGCUCACAUUGGAGCAACUCCAUGUUGCAAAUAAAGACCAUGUCUACGUGGACGAUAACAGCAACCACGUUCUCAUCGAGUUCACACCAACGAUCCCGCACUGCUCAAUGGCCACCCUAAUUGGGUUGUGUAUCCGUGUGCGUUUGCUGCGCUCGUUGCCUGAGCGCUUCAAGGUUGAUAUCAAGGUGCGCGAGGGCACACAUCAGUCCGAGACCCAGGUCAACAAGCAGCUCAAUGACAAGGAACGCGUGGCCGCUGCUUUAGAAAACACAUAUCUUUUGGAUGUCGUCAACCAGUGUCUGGCGACUGCCGUGUAGAUGGAUAGCAGUGCAUUGUCAUUAUUUUUAAAAGUAAAUAAACUGGACCUUU